AUGCCUGCUACUGACGGCCUUCAGCCGCCUCUGACUGAGGCCGAGCGCACCGUUGUCAAGUCCUACGGUGGCUGGACCCAGUUCAUGCUCGCCUUCGGCCUUAAGCCCACCGAUCCCGUCGAUGCCGAGGAGGCCAAGGCACUCCUGAAGGGCCUUGCCGAUGCUAGCAACUAG